UGUCAGAAUGAACGAACAUCACGUUUAUAUAUGCAUAUGUUAUAUUUUUCUAGUAUAGUGAAGCAUUCAUAAGUAUUCAUCUCAUUGCAGAGAAUUUAACUCCUGUUGUUGGUAAGCAUUCCUCUGUUUUAAGCUGCUAACAGAUCUCUUUAAGUAAUUAUGAAAUGAUUUUGAGUGUAAGAAAAGUUAGGUCUAUAUUUUCUUUUUUAUUCAGUGGUUAAAUGCAAAUUUAUAGUAGGCAAAUGAUACAAAAAAAAAGGAAAAUAUAUAUGAAAUGUGAUUACUAUUUCUUCGUUUGUUCUGUCUUCUCCUAAUAGUGACUUUCCGUGUAGUGCUCACUGUCUAAUCCAUGGCUUCUGGAGCUGUUUUCAAUUUGUCUCAUUCUAGUCUUCUCAAAAUCCUUCAAGGUGACAUCACUGAGUGGUCCGUGGAUGCAUCCUCCGAUGCUAUUGUCAGUCCAGCAAAUAAGCUUAUGCUAGGUGGUGGUGGCGUUGAUGGAGCGAUACAUAGAGCUGCUGGGCCACAGCUGAGAGAAGCAUGCUCUGAGGUCCCUGAAGUUCGUCCUGGAGUGCGUUGUCCAACCGGCGAAGCAAGAAUCACUCCGGGUUUCAACUUGCAUGCAUCUCAUGUGAUUCACACUGUUGGACCAGUCUAUGACUCAGACGUCAACCCUAGAGAAUCCCUCACCAGUUCUUACAGAAACAUUCUUAGAGUGGCAAAGGAAAACAACAUCAAGUACAUUGCGUUUCCUGCCAUAUCUUGUGGGGUUAAUGGAUAUCCUUUUGACGAAGCAGCUGUGAUCGGAAUUUCAACAAUCAAAGAGUUUGCAAAUGACUUUAAAGAGGUGCAUUUUGUUUUGUCCGCGGACGAUAUUUACAACGUGUGGGUAAACAAAGCAAAUGAGAUGCUAGAAAAAGCUUAAGACUCCGUCUCUCCCGCCUAAACAUAAGUGCAUGCGCAAGUUAAACAUGAGUAAAAAGAGUGUUAUUUUGUGUUUGUUUGACGAGAGCUUUGUGAUACAUUUGCUGUUUUGUUUUAUGUGAUGAGAGUCUUGUGAUACUCCCACACACAGGAAACAUUUGGUGCUUGUGUUA